AUGAAUCUGCUGAAAAAAGCAAGGAAUGUAUUUUGCUCAAUUCCAGAACAUAAAGAUGUAGAUCAAAAGAUUAUCCAUUUGUGUCUUGAUCAAAAGUGUCAAAUUUCAAAAAAGACCUUGUGCGGUUUAUGUUUGGGAGAUUAACAUUUUGGUCAUAAAUCGAUCAAUCUAUCUAAUUUGGACACUCUCAUUAAAAACGAAUGGAGUAGAGAACUACAAUAAUACAAUUAAAAAACCAAAGAUUUGACUGAUUGCAUUCAAAUGAGCAUUGCGGCUAUUCUCAAUAAGAUCACUCUUCUGUAAUAAUAGAUUCAAAACUUUGUUAAUCAGUAAAUGCAAGAGAGCAAAGUUUGUAUUCUAAAGCGUAAGUAUUUAGAUGAAUAAAAUUUGAGUGAAAAAGAUUUUGAAUAAUUGGCAAAGGAUAUAAGUGAGUCAAUCUUCUACAAAGAAGGAAUUCCUGAAUAUAAACAAAUCGAUUAUGAGCCCUCUGAUAAAUUCCAAAGCCUAGCCAGUAGAUUAGUAUUUGAUGCAGCCUUGUUUUGUAGAGAUAUUGCUCUGGUAACCAAGGCCAACAUAAUUCAUUCGAGUUUUACGGAAUAAGUCUAAGAGAUUUUGUAUUAAAUUUAAAAUCUCACAACCUUGAUUGAACGUCCACUUAGUUAGAUAGUGUAGAGUAAGAGAAUCUUUGGAAAUGAUAGAAGUGACACUCAGUCAAAUCAGAGAUUAGAUUUUGAUUAAUAAAGUUAAUUAGGAACUUUUGGUUAGACUCAGUUCUGUAUUUAAAAAUAAGUGAAAUUAAGGAGUUUAGAAAUGAAGGGAUUCGUUAAAAUUUACGAUGAAUUCUUUAAUAAGCCCUUCACUCAAACUCACAUAGAAUUAAUAAAACUGAAGUGCAAUUCUCAAUCUCAAAUUUGUAUAGGUGGAGUAAAUAUAAAAGAACCUGAUCAAUUUAUAUUGUGUGCUACUGACUAUGCUUCUGAAUUCUACACGGAGACUCAAAAUUUGAAUCUAGCUAGAAAGAGCAGGAACGGAGAAGUGUAUUGGUAUUAUGUCAGAAAUAGAUGCAUUGGAUUUAGUCCUAUGAGUAAAAUUGAUCUUAAGUAUCCGGAUGUGGAUAAUGAGGAGGGAGAUUUGAGAUUCUCUUUGUGGCUAUUUCAUGGACAAGGGGGUUAUAGAAUUGGGAGAAUUGAGAGUUUAGAAUAAAGUGUUGACUAUAAAUGUGUGAUUUAUUUAAAAAAAUGA